UUGAAGUCUUAAACAAGGAUGUACAGCCUGUAUAAAUAAACGUCUUGAGUGAGCACAUCAAAACAUAACGUAACGUAACGCAACUUUUGUGUACGGCAAAUAACGUAAACUUUUAAUAAUGAAGGUUGUAUUUUUGCUACUGGUUGUGGGCAUACAGGUUGUAGUGUGUCGAAUAAAGCCGUCCGAUAUCGUAAAAGAGGCCAAUAGACAUAUUAAUACAACCAAGUGGUCUGUUGCUAGUAAUUAUGGCACUGGAAAAGGUACCAACAAAUGCAACCAGUUUGUGUAUGACGUCCUGAAAAAAGUUGGCACUGACCCACCAAAAAGACGAUGGUUUAUAUACAGUCCAAUUGGUGCAGGGGAAUGGGGUAACCCUAACUCUUCUUACUUGAAGAAGAAAAAGUGCUGGGAAAAUUGCAAAGGGUCAUGGAGAUCCGGUGACGUCAUAAGUGACAGCGUCCAUGUUGCAAUUAUAACCGAUAAUAAGCGCACAACAAGCGCUCGGCAUGACAAAGUGGUGCAGAAUGACUGGGGAUUUCGCUCGAAAGGAACCGGUGCAAAAAGUUCGAUCAAGGCUUGCUGGCGCUACAAGUACAGCUGCUGAACAUGUCCACUGAGCUAUACAAAAAAUAUGUGAAACUUUGUUUUUUACUAUUCCUUCGAGAGUAACUUUAUAUAAGUAGAACAUCAAACAUAAUUCAUUUUUGUUGUUGUAGACAUUACACUAAUUUUACUGAAGGAAAGCAUGAGAAAGUGUAUAACUUUACCAGUUGUUACAAGACAGUUGUAUGAUUGUAUAAAAUUUGAAAAUGCAAUUUCAAUAAAAUAUGUUAAUUAUUCCA